AUGGAUCCAGAUAGUGCUAAACGCGUCCCAGUUCUCAUAGAAAGACUGCUUAAACAAGAGCUUCCAGCUGAAGUAAUACCUAGGUAUCAGCCUUAUUUUUUACGUUUACUUGCAAGCCGCAUAAAUCCGACUGUAGUUGAGGACGAAUCUCAGAUUCUUAAUUCAAUUCUAAGGAGAAUUAGCCCACAAAACACAGCGAAGCUACAAGAUUUAUACAUAAGACUGACAAAAUCAAGAGGGCUAUCAAGAAGGUGGGCUAUCUUAUAUGUCCUAAGCAAAUUAUUUGAUGAUAACUCAGUAGCGAUUCCAGGAUCUUCAUUAGAACUUCUAGCUCCAAGACCUCCAGAAGCACCUAAAAUCAAAGAAAAAAUCCCAAUCAUCCCCAAAAAAGGGACAACCCUAAUAUUAUCCCUAAAAAUGCUGUAUUUUCAGAAUCCGAUAACUCAUUGAAAAUUCUCCUAA